UGGCGUCGGGAGUGGCUUUGGUAACCUCUGGGUGCGUCCUGAGCGGCUGACACGCAGAGCUGCGCAAUUACCGAGGUUGAGCGCAUAGGUGGGAUCUGGGACAAUGGGUGUGUAGUGACGGAGGACGCAUAACAACAAAAGAGCAGUUUCUCUUAGACUCCCAAUAAUAUUCCGCAAACAAACAGCAUGACUAAGCGAGUAAGACCCGGUUACAGCCGCCUAGAAAUCAACAAAACCUCGUGGGAAGUCCCGGAGCGGUACCGGGAUCUGCGGCAGGUGGGGACCGGGUCUUACGGCGCCGUGUGCUCGGCCGUGGAGUGGAGGACUGGAGUCAAGGUGGCGAUCAAGAAGCUCUACAGGCCCUUCCAGUCGGAGCUCUUUGCCAAGCGCGCCUACAGGGAGCUGAGGCUGCUCAAACACAUGAAGCAUGAAAAUGUGAUCGGCCUGUUGGACGUCUUCACCGCUGACCUCUCCCUGGACAGAUUCCAGGACUUUUAUCUGGUGAUGCCGUUCAUGGGGACGGAUCUGGGGAAGCUGAUGAAGCUGCAGAGGCUCUCGGAGGAAAAGAUUCAGUAUUUAGUUUAUCAGAUGCUCAAAGGACUGAAGUACAUUCAUUCUGCCGGGAUCAUUCACAGGGACCUCAAACCAGGGAAUCUGGCUAUAAACCAGGAGUGCGAGCUGAAGAUCCUGGACUUCGGUUUGGCGCGGCAGGCGGACAGCGAGAUGACGGGCUACGUGGUGACCCGCUGGUACCGAGCCCCGGAGGUCAUCCUGAGCUGGAUGCACUACACCCAAACUGUGGACAUUUGGUCGGUGGGCUGCAUAAUGGCAGAGAUGCUGCAAGGGAAACCUCUUUUUAAAGGCAGCGACCAUCUAGAUCAGCUGAGUGAAAUCAUGAAGAUCACGGGAACUCCGACUCAGGAAUUUGUAUCAAAACUUGACUCCGAGGACGCCAAAAGCUACAUUAGAGGUCUUCCCAAAGUGGAGAAGAAGGACCUCCAGAAGGUGUUUUCCACAUCUAAUCCAGAAGCGGUGUCCGCGUUGGAGCGCAUGCUGCUGCUGGACCCGCAGAGCCGGGUCACUGCCGCGGAGGCCCUCGCCUUCCCGUACUUCUCCGAGUACCGAGAGCCGGAGGAGGAGACGGAGGCGCAGCCGUACGACCACUCGCUGGACAACGCGGACCUGACCCUCGAGCAAUGGAAACGUCACACCUUCACAGAGAUUCUGACCUUCAAACCAGUUCUGCCAGAAUCAAAGGAAACCGCGCUGUAGAGCUGGAACAGCUGACUGUGCAGCCUGAGACCAGAACAAGCGUCUCUGUCUCUCGAUCUCAACUAUGAAACAUUUUUGUCCCUUGAUAAUGAAAGCACGCGCCUUCCAUUCUUCAAUCUGCCGUGUUUUCGGCGACCUCCAACUUGGUCAUGAACAAACAUUUUUAGCAUAAUUUCUGCCAUAGCUUGUUUCCUGAGAAUAGCAUUAGACCUGUACCUGCACUACUGACAGCGACUGAGACGGUGGCGCACACAGUUUAGUGAUGAUAAGAUAUUAAAUUGGUUGUAGCAGGUAAUGGAGUGUUUCUGUACAUAAACACGCUCUAUUAGUACAGUAGACACAUUGUACUGUAGAUGAAACACAGGUUGCAGUGAUGAUAAUAAUACUGAGUUGCAUGAACUGUUUGAUUGGAGAGUCAUUUGUGUCUGUGGUAAACUAAUGCAUUAGAAUUUGAACAAUCAUUCUAAUUAUUUUUAUUUAUAACAAAUCAUAUUUUUAUGUUUUACACAGAGAGGCCGACCAAUCAAAUCAAAUUGGUUUAUUGAGCGUGUGUUUGUGUGCAGCUGUGUUUCUGCUGUGACCUCGUCAGUCUCCAACGUGGCCUUAAUGACAAUAACGUAAUAUUGCUGAGCAGUUUCAAGGUUUUCCCAACAUUCACCGUUUAGAAUCAGUCCAAAAGCACAUGAAACGGUUUUCAGACAUUUGUAGAAAACCUUUUCUAUACCGAUUUUUGAGUUGUCUGUAAUUUGACUAAUGCAGUUUUAUUAUUAAACAAUUUCUAAAAACUCA